AUUAGGUUUGAGUCGAAACAGGACGGAAAUCCCAAUUUUUUUAAAAUAACAUUAAUCUUCAUCGACAAUUUUCAAAAUGACUAAAGUUCUAUUUCCAAUUUUACUAUACUGCAAAAUGAUAGCAGGACAAGUGCGGUGUAUCGGGGAGGAAGGCCUGAGAUGUUGUGAGGGAUAUAUAUGGAACAAUGAAACAAAGAACUGCAUAAAAUGUCAAACGGGCUACAUUGGAUCAUCCUGUGAAAUAAAAUGCCCUUUUCCAGCAUACGGAGAAAUUUGUCAGGGAACGUGUGAUUGUAUUAAAACUUCCUGUCAUUUUGCCAUGGGGUGUGUAUCAGACAUUCCUAGUACAGGAAAAGGCAACAAUUACAAUAUAUUAACAACAGAGAACCAAAUCAAGGAAAUAUAUAUCACAGCUGUUUCUAACGACAAAUCACCAAACCAAACUAACGAGGAAAUUGAUAACUCAGGUGCUCCAAAUGACGAGAACAAAACACAAACGGAUGAAUCAACUAAAACUUUGCUCUUCAUUCUCGUGGGUAUAAACUCAAUUGUAGUGUUAGUUGUUCUCGUCUACAUUUGUAAACGCAUUCUCACGAAAUCCGACCAUCUUAGUGUACCAAAGUCUUCAAACGUCGCUGAAAGUGUGUUCGACACAGCAGAGUAUCCGGAAAGGAAUGUUGCUUAUCAUGUUGAUGCAGACCGACAGUACGACACAGUGGAUACCAUUUCAUCUGAACAAACUGCAGACAAUCGUAGUUUGGAAAUCAAGGGUAUUUCGCAGGAAACGUUUUUAGAAGAUGUUAGUAUUGAGAACAUUGAAGAAACGGGACUAUAUCUGAUACCACUGGCUACAAACACGACAUACUAAUCAUAUCAAUUCAAAUCACUGUUGUGACAACCCUUUGUUUUAUGUAUACAUGUUUAUUUUCUAACAAAAUGAUACAUAUGUCAUGAAGUCGU